AUGCAAUCAAUCAUCCCACGCUUUGCUAAGUCUUCGUUAAUUUGUCUUCAUUCGUCACCCGGAUGUCCUGUACCAUCCGUGUCCACCCAGUUCUCUGGAAUUCCGACCUCAUGCUUUAGUUCAUCCUCGUCCCCCCAAUUGCCUACCACUAAGCUAGUCAAUGCAACAAAACAACUGGACAUUGUACAGGUCAAGAACGAUGCAUUCAGUAUUGAAAAAGAUACGUGGGCAGAGCGUCAUAGCCCCGAGUGGAUGCUGCCGUAUAUUCAGAUAUCCCGCAUCAACCGACCGGCAGGGACGUUUAUGCUGCUGUGGCCAUGCUUUUGGAGCAUAUCCAUGGCUGCUCCAAGUGGUUGCUUGCCUGAUCUGAAGCUGCUAGUGCUGUUUGGUACGGGUGCGUUCAUCAUGCGGAGUGCAGGUUGUACUAUUAACGACAUGUGGGACAAGAACUUUGACAGAAUGGUAGAACGCACUAACAAGCGUCCAUUGGUUACUGGUAAGCUCACGUAUCCACAGGCAUGGGCUUUCCUUGCGGCGCAAUUGUCGGCGGGAUUAUCUGUGUUAUUGCAGCUCAAUUGGUUUAGUGUUGCCAUGGGUGCAUCCUCCCUCGUACUUGUUGGCGUGUACCCAACGAUGAAACGAUUUACCUAUUGGCCACAAGCUUUUUUAGGAUUGACUUUCAACUACGGUGCUUUGCUGGGUUGGGCUGCAGUGCAUGGGUCGUGUGAAUGGCCAGUGGUGCUGCCGCUGUAUGCGGGUGGUGUGGCCUGGACAAUGGUGUACGAUACUUUAUAUGCCCACCAGGACAAGAAGGACGAUAUCAAGAUCGGUGUACACUCUACUGCGUUGCUCUUCGGCGACAAAACGAAGCCGUUGCUAAAUUUCUUUUCAGCUGCAGCCAUUGCUGGCUUUGGGUCUGCAGGGUACAUGGCCGGCCUAGACUGGCCGUUCUUCGUGGGUCUUACUGGCGGAGCGACGCAAUUAGCCUGGCAGGUAAACACUGCCAAGCUUGACGAUCCGAUCAAUUUGCAAGUGCGUUUUGCUUCGAACAAAUGGUUUGGUGCGCUUAUGUUUGCGUCAAUUGUUGCCGGUAACGUCGUGUAG